GCCUAUUCUUGAGUUAAUUCAAGUGUUGAACUUCAUUCAAAUUGCAAUUUGCCAUGAUCCUCUGAUCAUGAAGAUGAAGAUUCAUAGUUGUUGGAGGCUCUGCCUUGGAUUCAGUUCUGCAAUACGGCUCGUAAAACACUUCUCUCACUGUGCUUUCCAGAAUGCAGUCAGUUUCCGGUCCUGGGAGUCACCGGUCCUGUUGUCUCACGACCAAUCAGACACCGCCUCUUCAACUUCUCUAUUUAAGAGCAAAACAAAGUGUGAGAAGGACACACCUGUCUCUGGCUCAACACAUGACCACAACAGUCGCCAUGAAGCUCACCGUGCUGCUCUGCUGUGUUGUGCUGCUCUCUGUGAAAACCAUUCUCUGCGCUGAGGAUGAGCCCUGCAAGGAGUACGCAAAAGGAUUUUGCACCAGAGAGUACAAUCCAGUCUGCGGCACUGAUGGAAAGACAUAUGACACAGAGUGUGUUCUGUGCAACAGUGAAGCGGGCAAGAAAAAUCUUGUGAAAAUGGAUUACAAGGGCCCUUGCAGUUCACCCUGAUGAGGCGCUGGAUGUGUGCGACAGAAGCUGGAUCUGUAACACACCAGUAAAUUAAAUGCUACUGCAUCACCA